AUGAUCACUGGAAUCUCCCAUAUUAAUCUUCUGGUUCCUCCAGGGACAUUAAAUGACGCGUACACAUUCUACGUGGAUACAUUAGGGCUGACUGCUGCUCCGGUCCCCCAGUUACAGAAAGACACAACUGCCUGGUUUGAUAUCCCGCCGGAUGGAAAGCAACAAAUCCACAUUGCAUUCGGACAGAAUGAACCGGAUUCUCCCCGCCAUCCCUGCCUUCGGGUAGGCUCGUUGGACGACCUGCAAAAGCUGCAGCAACGAAUAUACGAUCACCAUCUCCGAGGCGGCUCGGCUGCUCCUCUACAGGCGGAUGCACCAGGUGAAUGUUCCGGGGAAAAUGGGGUCGAAUACCCAACGCGCUUCUUCGCGAGAGAUUACGCAGGAAACCGUCUUGAGUUCAGUUUAUAA